GGGGACAGGCCGCGCCCCCGGCGCCAUCUUGGUCGAGGGCAGCUUGGUCUUCACGCUGGCUUUAGCCCGUCAGCAGCAGGAGGCGGCCGCCAGCUUGACUGAGGGCACAAGCGCACUGGGAUGGAGGGUGGGAAAAAAGCCCAACAGUAGAGCCACGCAGGAGCGGAUCCAGCAGUAAAACCACGCAGGAGCGGAUCGAAGCCUGCAUCUCCUCCCGCGUCAGGAGUCCUGGUAGCACAGCGCCGCCGCGGCCCCGUGAGAUGCCUGGCUCUCUGCGAGGCCAUGGGGAGGAUCGGGCUGCAGCUGCGGGCCACGCUGGAGAACAUCACCCGGCUGCGGGCCGAGGGGGAGGACUUCCGCUGGUACCUCAAGCUGAAAUGUGGGAACUGUGGUGAGGUUUCUGAGAAGUGGCAGUAUCUGCGCCUGAUGGACAGUGCUCCCUUGAAAGGAGGCCGAGGGAGUGCCACUAUGGUGCAGAAGUGCAAGCUGUGCUCCAGGGAGAACUCUAUUGAGAUUUUAAGCCAGACAAUCAAACCUUACAAUGCUGAAGACAGUGAGAAAUUCAAAACCAUAGUGGAGUUUGAAUGCCGAGGUCUGGAGCCAGUUGACUUUCAACCACAGGCAGGGUUUGCUGCUGAAGGUGCAGAAUCUGGCACGCCUUUCAAUGACAUCAACUUGUUAGAAAAGGAUUGGAAUGACUAUGAUGAGAAAACAAAGGAGUCUGUUGGAAUCUAUGAAGUUACCCAUAAAUUUGUAAAAUGCUGAAGUUCAUACCUUUGAUAAAUCCUGGUGUACUUGCUGGUGAAGGAGCUGUAACUGUCAGAUGCCGUCUCCUGGGAGUUACUUUGCACAUGGCUGUACCAUAGCCAUGGGAUCCUAAGUUGUGUUUACUGUACCCAACAUGCCCUACUGAAAUAUUUUCCACAGAGUGCUUGCAGACAGCCUCAGUAAAAACGGAAAGCCAUA